AUGGAUCGACUACGAAAGAGAUUUAGCAGCAAGUACAAAGGUCGUGCUCAAGCUGAACUGAUCGCCAAUGUGAAGCCGGCUGCAAAGUAUGCUCCAAAUGCCGAAGUUGCCCAUCCUGACCAAGAUUUGGAUCGCGAAGGGACUUCAGUUUCUCCGUUCACGACCGCUGGCGCUCAGGAGCUCACACCCGUUGAGAAGGGCAUUGUAAAACAUGGGCACCCUGGCCUUCCUGAUCAAGGCAGAAGGAACGUAUCCCCUGAUCUAAUUGGUCGGGGACGCCUCCAGAGCAGCAACGAGGCUAGCACUAUAACCCCGAUCGAUACUGAGCGACGCCUCAGUAGCCAACUGAGCCCACCGCCAAGCUCAUCAACGAUUGAGCGUCGUUCAGGUAGCUUUCAAAGCGUCACAUCGAAUUUCGCCUCCAUGAGUGUGUCGAAUGAGCCUCAUGACAAAUCGCAAUCUGCACACAGGCGCAUGAACCCUUUGGGACUUACCGUAAUCCACGAACCCGAGGGAGGACAUUCGUUGGAUAUUGUCCUCAUUCAUGGCUUGGGCGGAUCGAGCCAUUCUACCUGGUCCAAAAACCAUGACCCAAACUAUUUCUGGCCUCAUCUCUGGCUUCCUAGCGAGCCCGCCAUUGGUUCUGCGCGGAUUUUAUCAUUUGGAUACGAUGCAGACUGGAAGUCAACUUCGUCACGUACGGUGCUCAACAUCACAGAUUUCGCGAAAGAGCUGUUGUUUGCGAUGAAGUUCACGAAAGACGAGAACAGGGAUUUGGAGGAUCUGGGACUAGGAGAUGUCCCAAUCAUCUUCAUCGUUCACUCAAUGGGAGGUCUCGUGGUCAAAAAAGCUUACAUCCUGGGUCAGAGCGAUGACGAGUACUCUGAAAUUGUCAAGUCGAUCAACGCUAUCAUCUUCUUGUCAACCCCACACCGCGGCUCUAACAUGGCCGAGCUACUCAACCGCGUGCUCUCAGCCUCUCUUCUCAGGUUCUCCCCCAAGCAGUAUGUUGCAGACUUGCAGAAAAACUCGCCGGCAUUAGAGGACAUCAAUGAGCAAUUUCGCAAAUUUGCUCCGAAGCUUCACAUAGUCUCCUUCUAUGAGACUCUUGAUACUCCUGUCGGUCCCAAAAAGGUUAGAAUCCUGGAGAAGGAAUCGGCUAUCUUGGGAUAUCCGGGAGAAAUUUCGAGAGCCAUGAAUGCCGACCACCACGACGUCUGCAAGUACUACAGCCCAAGUGAUGCAAACUACAUUAGUAUGCGAGAUGUUCUGAAAACCUUGGUAGACCGUGUGCGAGCUAUCGGCAUAAGCUUCAGAAGGUCUUCUUCGGCUUCUUCAGACGCAUCAGAAGCCGUUGAAGCUCUCCUCUCUAUACAGAACCUUCCCUACGAUGAUUUCAACUUCUUUCACGACCAAUGGAUGCCAGGUACCUGUGAUUGGAUACUUCAGGAGAGUUCAUUCCAGACUUGGAUGGAUGAUACUACUCAGAGCUCGAUUCUUUGGCUGCACGCGCGGCCGGGUAGUGGGAAAUCCGUACUUUCGUCGUUCAUCAUUGAUCAGGUCAAGCUGAGAGGGCAAACUUGUCAAUUUUACUUCUUCCGGUUUGGCGAUCAAUCCAAGCGAUCAAUAAACGGCUGUCUUCGGUCCAUGGCUUUUCAGCUGUCUGGAGAGAUACCUCAAUACCGGAGACGCAUGCGAGAUCUAUCAGAAGACGGGCUACGUCUAGAGAAGACUGAUGCCAGAACUGUUUGGAACCGACUAUUUGUUACCGCACUCCUGACAUUACGACAAACAGCACCUCUGUAUUGGGUUAUAGACGCUUUGGAUGAAGCCGACUCACCUGAAUUACUACUGGGUCUGCUCAACGGCCUGCAGAACUCAGUGAUACCAAUCAAGUUAUUGGUAGUGAGCCGUGAGACCACGGAGUUGCGUUCUGAGUUCGACCAGCUGGGAAAGUCGAUACCAGUCGAAACCCUUCCAAUAACACACAAGUCCCAGCAAGAUGUCCAAGCCUACGUUGAAAGCCGAAUGGCUUUACCGAGAUGGGACGAAGGCUUCAAAAAGGAAGUCACUGACAUGAUCUUACAACGCGCGGAAGGCAAUUUCCUCUGGGUGCAUCUGGCCAUCAAAGAGGCACUCAAACGUCACACCACUGAUGACAUCAGAGAAGCACUUGGGAAUAUGCCUAUUGGUAUGGAAGCUAUGUAUCAUCGCAUGGCUUCUGUGGUAGCUAAAGACAUGGGUUCAACCGACAAGCAACUUGCACGGCGGAUACUCACAUGGGCGAUGUUCUCUCGGCGAGCGCUCACCCUAAAGGAGCUAGAAGAAGCGCUCCGCCCGUCUUUCAACAGGAUACUCGACCUGCGCAGCACCAUCACUGCCACUUGUGGCUUCUUUGUCGUUGUGGAUAUGAGCGAAAAUGUUACGAUGAUACAUCAGACCGCGCGCGAUUAUCUCACACACACGCCUGAGCUGGAUCUAUACAUCGAUGCUGAGCAGACCCACCUAGAGUCUUUUCGUCACUGUAUGGCUUCUCUUAUGGACACUGGUGUUCGCAGCAAACUCAACCAGACCAACGCAGAACUCAAACGCAACUUUGUCAACUAUGCGGCAACUUCUUGGUCCUUUCAUCUAGGCCUUGCAACACGCAUCGACUCCGCAGCCUUGUCAACUCUGCUGAGGUGCGACACUACCCCAAGAGCUCUCGCCUUCAGUCCCGACUCUCGUCGAUUUUACGAGAUACGCGAUGCUGUGUGCACCGCCUGGGAGCCGGCGGCACUCGCCGACUUGCAAGAAACGGGUGACCAGUCCGAGGAUCAAUGGGAGACGCAGAGCGAUAUCUCUACCUUGAACGACUCCAUCCAGAUCGUCGGACAAGAAGACCAAAUCACAGCUUUGGCCGUUACCUUACACAGCAAAUACUUCUGUGCUGGGAACGAGGUUGGAGAAGUUUAUCUCUUCAACGCAGAAGGCACAAAGGUGUUAAAUGUGUCAAGUUCCCCUCGAUAUAUGAUGAUAGACUUGUUGGCCUGGGACGACAGUGGUGAGCGUCUUGCUAUUGCGGAAUUGGGUGGGGAUAUCAGCGUGAAGCACGUGUUUCCACCAGCCGUCACCGACGAUCCGAAGCGAUGGAAUGUACAACCGAUCCUUAAUCUCAGCAUGUCAUCGCAGUUGGGUACUGCUCAACAAGUGCUAUUCAGCCCCGAUGGAACUUUUCUUCUUCUAGUGAGACAGCACGGCGUACAAGUCUUGUCACUAGAAGAGAAGAAAUUGAGCUGUCAGUACCAUGGAAGUAGCGACACAGCCCAGCGUUGGAUCAACGAUCCGAGAGACUCGCAAUAUUUACUGAAGCAACCGAACUCAUACGUUACGAUGACGGAAAUGUCGCAAAUAUAA